GAAUUCUUUUAAUGAGCCACACCCAAGGAUUCAAUAUGACCUUUUCAUUCACUGCUCUUUUGCUGCUUGUAUCUGCCUUUAUAUAUGCACAUGGAAAACCAAACAUAGUUUAUAUUUUAACUGAUGAUCAAGAUAUCAGGCUUGGAUCACUUGAUGUGCAGCCUAAGCUUCGCUCACUCGUUAUUGAGCAAGGGAUUAUGUUUGAGAAUGCUUAUGUUACUACACCAGUAUGCUGCCCAUCAAGGUCAUCUAUUCUAACUGGUAAGUACGUGCAUAACCAUCGAACCUAUGAGAAUGGUGUUGGGAGUGGGUGUGAUGCUCAAUCUUGGAGAGACUUGAAUGAACACAAGACAAUGGGACCAUACAUGUCUAAAGCUGGAUAUACAACUGGAUUUUUUGGUAAAUAUUUAAAUAACUAUGCACAAGGUAGUUCUGGAAUCACUGUUGAGCACAUUCCACCAGGCUGGGACCGAUGGUAUACCCUUGUUGGCAACAGUAAGUUUUAUAAUUAUGAAGUGUCCAAUCAAGGCCAAUCAGAAAAGCACGGAAGCAAUUAUACUGAGGAUUAUUUUACUGAUAGAGUCCGUGAUGAAGCUGUUGAUUUUAUAAAGAAGAGUGCUGACAAACCAUUCUUUAUGUAUGUAGCAACACCUGCUCCACAUCGCCCAGCUACACCAGCUCCUCAAUAUGCUAAUAUGUUCAGUGACAAAGUUGCUCCAAGGACUCCUUCUUAUGGUUUUGCCGCUCCUGAUAAACACUGGAUCAUUACAAAUGGUACUCCACCACUGACACCAGAGACAACACAGGUUGUUGAUGAACUCUAUCGGGACAGGAUAAGAACACUUGUCUCAGUUGACGACUUAGUAGAAGCAAUAGUGAAUGAGCUAAAGAAUGCUGGAGUGAUGGAUAAUACUUAUAUUUUCUACAAUAGUGAUCAUGGCUACCAUCUUGGCGAAAACAAUCAGCAAGGAGAAAAAAGGCAGCCUUAUGAUGAGAAUAUUAGAGUUCCAUUCAUAGCUAUGGGCCCUGGUAUUCCUAAAAACCAAAAAACAUCUGCUCUAGCACUAAACAUUGAUAUGGCCCCGACUUUUAUUGAUCUUGGAGGAGGGGAAAUACCUGAUGAUAUGGAUGGGAUAUCGCUCAAAUCGGCUCUCAUGUCACCAAUAGAACAAGAAGAGGCCCAAUAUCACUUUAUGUUGGAGUAUUAUGGUGAAGGACAUGUUGCAGGUCUUGGUUUCCUUCAUGAUUGCAACAACAAUACUUGGGUAGCACUUAGAAGCGUUGACCCAAAAAAUGCCAAUGGAAACAAGGAUAUUUUAUACGCUAGAUUUUAUUUGAAAGAUGAUUUUCCAGUGCAACAAUCCGAAAUAUAUUUCAGAGAAUACUUUGAGCUAGAUGAAGACCCAUGGGAGAAAGUGAACUUGGCCAGUAGCCUCCCAAAAGAACAGAUGCAAAAAUUCGAAGAGAUACUAGAUACAUGGUACAAGUGCUCUGGUGUUAGCUGCAGAAACCUGAGAAAAAUAACUCUGCUUUAAUUAUUUUUUUAAAUUUUGAAGCAUGUACUGCUUAGCUGCAUUAGCUAACUUAGCUGAUAAAUAAUAAUACUUUUUAAAUAAA